AUGGAUUCUGGGCUUCUGCGGAAUGCCAACCCCACCCCUGGGGGCACCCUCUCUGCCCCCAAUGCCACAACACCCUGGCUGGGCCGGGAUGAGGAGGUGGCCAAGGUGGAGAUCGGAGUCCUGGCCACUGUCCUGGUGCUGGCCACUGGGGGCAACCUGGCUGUGCUGCUAACCUUGGGCCAGCUGGGCCGCAAGCGCUCCCGCAUGCACCUGUUCGUGCUGCACCUAGCCCUGACAGAUCUGGCCGUGGCGCUCUUCCAGGUCCUGCCCCAGCUGCUGUGGGACAUCACCUUCCGCUUCCAGGGCCCCGACCUCCUGUGCCGGGCUGUGAAGUACCUGCAGGUGCUCAGCAUGUUCGCCUCCACCUACAUGCUGCUGGCCAUGACGCUGGACCGCUACCUGGCUGUCUGUCACCCCCUGCGCAGCCUCCAGCAGCCCGGCCAGUCCAUCUAUCCGCUGAUCGCUGCUCCCUGGCUGCUGGCCGCCAUCCUCAGCCUCCCUCAGGUCUUCAUUUUUUCCCUGAAGGAGGUGACCCAGGGCUCGGGGGUGCUGGACUGCUGGGCAGACUUCCGCUUCCCUUGGGGGCCACGGGUCUACCUCACCUGGACCACCCUGGCCAUCUUCAUCCUGCCAGUGGCCAUACUCACGGCCUGCUACAGCCUCAUCUGUCAUGAGAUCUGUAAAAACCUCAAAGUCAAGACACAGGCCUGGCGGGUAGGAGGAGGGAGCUGGAGACGCUCACCUUCGGCCCCAGUUGCUGCCACUCGGGGGCUGCCAUCCCGGGUCAGCAGCAUCAGCACCAUCUCACGGGCCAAGAUCCGAACAGUGAAGAUGACCUUUGUCAUCGUGCUGGCCUACAUCGCUUGCUGGGCUCCCUUCUUCAGUGUCCAGAUGUGGUCGGUGUGGGACGAGAAUGCCUCUCAUGAAGAUUCCACCAAUGUGGCUUCCACCAUCACCAUGCUUUUGGGCAACCUCAGCAGCUGCUGUAACCCCUGGAUCUACAUGGGCUUCAACAGCCACCUGUUACGGUGGCCCCUGCGUCACCUUGCCUGCUGUGGGGGUCCCCAGCCCCAGAUGCGCCGGCGGCUCUCCAACGGGAGCCUCUCGAGCCGCCACACCACGCUGCUGACCCGCUCCAGCUGCCCCGCCACCCUCAGCCUCAGCCUAACCCUCAGUGGGAAACCCAGACCUGAACAGUCACCAAGGGACUUGGAGCCAGCGGAUGGGGAAGCCACCGUUGAGACCAACAUCUUUUAGAAAAGACUCCCUGGGGUCUGGCACUGCCCCAGGACUACUGGAAGUUCUCUGCCCACCUCGGGCACUGGGCAUGAAAGCUGGGAGGGUCAGGGUUGGAGUUAAGGGAGCCCUGUCUGAAGCAGGGUGAAAAGGCCAGAAUGGGGCCCCUGCCCUGGUGUCACAGCUGUCCCUAGUUUGAGGACCGCCUCAUGAGCUCCCAAUCCCAGAUGCUGGUGGCCAGGGAGAAUCAAACUCUCUGUCUCCCUGGUCCCGCCAUAUUCACAGGUGUCCAUGUGCACACAGUGUCCCAGAUCUGGGCAGGCCUAGGAUGGUGAUGUCUAGGGGUCCACGGGUGGCAGGAACCCAGAGGCUGGCCUUGUGCCCUGGCUACCUGUCCCCAUUCUAACCUGACUGGCACAUCUUAGCCUAACCAGGAGAGGGGAGAAGUGGAAAACUGUGAGGAGGAC